AUGAACAAGUUAAGGUCAAUGAGGUUCAGCCGAAGCAGCUCCAAGCUUGGAAAUGGGAAUAAAGCUGCACAACUCACAGAAAAUGGUUGCAGAAGCAAUGGAGAAAUCAAAUGGGAACUUAGGCCUGGUGGAAUGCUUGUUCAAAAAAGGGAAAACAACCAAAGUGCAGGGGAAAGAAUGAUCACAAUUAUGGUGUCAACCGUGUCACAAUUGCAUGACAUUUCUAUUGAAGCCACAUCAACUUUUGGAGAAUUAAAAAUGAUUCUGUCACUGGUAACAACUUUGGAGCCCAGAGAGCAAAGGGUUCUCUUCAGGGGUAAAGAGAGAGAUGACAAUGAAUAUCUACACAUGGUUGGGGUUAGAGACAAGGACAAAGUUCUUCUGUUUGAGGAUCCAGCUACGAAGGAGAAGAAGUCGGUACAUCUUCCACUUACAAUAUGACACGUAUUUUACUUUUGUCAAAUCAUUAAUAAAUAAUUUAUUUUAAAAUCAGGUGUGACAGAAUGAUUUGAUAAAAGGUAAGACACGUGUCAUAUUAUGAGUAGAAGAUGCACCGAGAUCCAUAGCACUAAAAGAAUUUCCCAUAUAAUGUACCCUUCCAGCCUUGGAGAAUGGGUUUUAUCCAUAGUGGCAAGUAUAACCCUAUAAAUAGAGUGUUAAAUCUCACGUGUUACCCUAAUUUCUCUAGUUGUCACUAUAUGCACACACACUUGUUUGUGCAUAGUGAUAUGCCACACCAUAUACGGCAGUCUUCUCCAAAGACACAGUUAGUUCACAGAUUUUAUAUCAACCACGAUCCACCAAGAUCAAAUAGAAGAUGGUGUUUAAAAUACAUUCAUGAAUGUAUCGAAAAAUUAAAUAAAUAAAAUUCAUUCGUGACAGAUUUAAUGGAAUCAAGCUAAGUGUGCUCAUUAAUUUCAGCUAGAUCAAAAUGCAUUUUUUUUUCUUCAGAAAAAUUUACUACACUACUGUAUGAGAUCUCUAAUACAGUCAAUGUAAUUUCUUCCACUUAUUCUUGAGAACAACUCUAAUACUGCAGUUGAAGUGUCACGGGGUUGUAACAAUGUCAACAUGAUACCAUAUAAUUUGCUGGAAUAUGUAAUGAUAUUCGAAUUGUAUUAAAAUGCUUUGAUGACAAUGUAACCUAUGAUAAACUAUCUUCAGAAGAACUCUUGGGAACUUAUUGUAGAAUCCAUUUUUGUUGUGAAAGCGCCUAAAGUGUGAGGCAAGAAGGUCCGGUCACGGUUGGGCAGAGUAAUAGUAUGUUAUGAUGUGCACAGGCCAGAGGGUGUAAUAGUCCGUUAUUGAUAUGGACCUUCAUGUAACUGCUUAAGCUUUUGGAUUGAAUAAUUAUUUAUAAAAAUAUUCAGCCAAAUGUUGUUAUUUGACAUGGUUUGUGAGAUAUUAAUGAUGGUGACCUCUUGCCUUGUUGAAGGGAGUGGACAUUGGACAUAAGAGAAGCCGAAUGACCUACAAAUAUACGAUCACUUGCUAUAGACACUACAACAAGGAACAUGAUAGGUGAAGUAAUUAUUUAUUGGUAGGUUGCAGGGAAUAGAAUAACAAGUAGAUGAAAGCCAAGGGUGUUGGAUAUGGCUCAUACUUCGCAGUUAGAUGACGACACCUAUUAGAAGGACGCAGAGAAAGCCAACGGGGUUCCAUGAAUAGCUGUUGUUGUUUAGGGAUUGCAAUCCUAUUUAUAUUCAUCUUGUAAACCGAAUGACUUGUAACGAGUAUCGUGAGAAGAAUAUAGUUCAGACAUGCUGGACGUAGCCUACAUUAAGUGAACCAGGGUAAACAGUUGUCUCUCUUCUUAUUCCCUCUACCAAUUGUGUGUGUGAUUAUGUCGAUUCCAACAAAGGGAAGAGAGAAAAAGGAAGGAGAAGGAAAUGUUUACCUAACACCUUUUUUACAUUAAUAUUUUUGUUCUGAACUGGGAUUUGGCAUUGGGUGCUGGAACCGGUAGGCACACCACACACAGGCAGGGCAACUUGGUCCCAAACACAGGAGGGCAAUGCAUUCUCCAAACCAUGACCGUUAUGUCUGAACAUUUCUUAUGGCAAACAUGAAAGGCAUUACACCCCUGAUUCAGACACAGAUAGUGUCUUACCCAAGAGGAAUACCUAUUUUCUUCAAUUUAAGCACAAACUAAUGUGUAAAUUGUGCACAUUACCUGCGUGAAGCUAUAUAGCAACGGAAUUGAAGCAAUCAAAUUGUUUUAUACUAACAA